AUGCUUGACGUGAACCCCAAGUGUCUGAGAGACCCCGCCAAGGACUUCUCUGCUCGUUGCAACCCCAUCUAUGUCAGUAGGGUGGUCAGUGCCAUGGUAAGACUGGAGAUCUGACCCCCACUAGUAACAGCGACAACAUUAUUGAACCCCACUAGUAACAGCGACAACAUUAUUGAACCCCACUAGUAACAGCGACAACAUUAUUGAACCCCACUAGUAACAGCGACAACAUUAUUGAACCCCACUAGUAACAGCGACAAUAUUAUUGAACCCCACUAGUAACAGCGACAACAUUAUUGAACCCCACUAGUAACAGCGACAACAUUAUUGAACCCCACUAGUAACAGUAAACAGGGUUCCAUCCAAUCUUGUUAUGCGAGUAAAGUACAUGUCAGUUAAAACAUUUCAUGACAGUGCUGAUGGAAAAUGUGUCGGUAAACUUUCCAAAUGUUGACAAAACAAAAUACACUAGACAAGGUGGGAUCUUUUUGUGUCGGUAAAAUUAACUAUGAGAGAAAUGUUGGUGGAAAUGCUUUUAUGCGCAAAUAUUGAUUUAAUAACCAUCAUUUCGGAGUAAACAUGGAGUCACGUAAUGACAUGUUGUGUGGUCCUCCCACUACGACUCAUCGGGAAAGCAUGGAGUUUAUUAGGCUACAGAUGAAGAAAUGAAUGAUGAACUUCACAGGGUGGUGAAUGUGCAAGGUGAUAAGCUUGAUAUUUCUUUAUAAUAAAUAUCGAGGGCCUUAUUCUGGUAACAUGAUCCUCGAUGCUUGGCUGUCCUCGUUUGACAAAUAAAAAAUAAUCUCAUCAUGUAGGCUAAAGUGCAUUCGGAAAGUUUCAGACCCCUGGACUUUUUUCCCACAUUUUGUUACAUUACAGCCUUAUUCUAAAAUUGAUUAAAUAGUUUUUCACCUUAUCAAUCUACACACAAUACCCCAUAUGACAAAGCAAAAACACGUUUUUAGAAAUUUGAGCAAAUGUAUAUAUAAAAAAAAAAACGGAAAUAUCACAUUUACAUAAAUAUUCAGACCCUUUACUCAGUACUUUGUUAAAGCACCUUUGGCAGCGAUUACAGCCUGGAGUCUUCUUGCGUAUGAUGCUACAAGCUUGGCACACCUGUAUUAGGCGAGUUUCUCCCAUUCUUCUCUGCAGAUCCUCUCAAGCUCUGUCAGAUUGGAUGGGGAGUGUCGCUCCUCAGCUAUUUUCAGGUCUCUCCAGAGAACCUUUGCCCCAGUCUGAGGUCCUGAGCGCUCUGGAGCAGGUUUUCAUCAAGGAUCUUCUAUGUACUUUGCUCCUUUCAUCAUUCCCUCGAUCCUGACUAGUCUCCCUAGUCCCUGCCGCUGAAAAACAUUCCCACAGCAUGAUGCUGCCACCACCAUGCCAGGUUUCCUCCAGACGUGACGCUUGGCAUUCAGGCCAAAGAGUUCAAUCUUGGUUUCAUCAGACCAGAGAAUCUUGUUUCUCAUGGUCUGAGAGUCCUUUUGGUGCCUUUUGGCAAACUCCAAGCGGGCUGUCAUGUGCCUUUUACUGAGGACGGGCUUCCGUCUGGCCACUCUACCAUAAAGGCCUGAUUGGUGGAGUGCUGCAGACAUGGUUGUCCUUCUGGAAGGUUUUCACAUCUCCACAGAGGAACUCUGGAGCUCUGUCAGAGUGACCAUCAGGUUCUCGGUCACCUCCCUGACCAAGGCCCUUCUCCCCCGAUUGCUAAGUUUGGCCGGGCGACCAGCUCUAGGAAGAGUCUUGGUGGUUCCAAACUACUUCCAUUUAAGAAUGAUGGAGGCCACUGUGAUCUUGGGGACCUUCAAUGCUGCAGACAUUUUUUGUUACCUUUCCCCAAAUAUGUGCCUUGACACAAUCCUGUCUUGGAGCUCUAUGGACAAUUCCUUCAACCUCAUGGCUUGGUUUUUGCUCUGACAUGCACUGUCAACUGUGGGACCUUAUAUAGACAGGUGUGUGCCUUUCCAAAUCAUGUCCAAUCAAUCGAAUUUACCACAGGUGGACUCCCGUCAAGUUGUAUAAACAUCUCAAGGAUCAUCAAUGGAAACAGGAUGCAUCUGAGCUCAAUUUCAAGUCUCAUAGCUAAGGGUCUGAAUACUUAUGUAAAUAAGGUAUUUCUGUUUUUUAUUUGUAAUACAUUUGCAAAAAAAAUCUAAAACCCUGUUUUCACUUCGUCAUUAUGGGGUAUUGUGUGUAGAUUGAUUAAGAUUUUUAUUUAUUUAAUCCAUUUUAGAAUAAGGCUGUAACUUAACAAAAUGUGGAAAAAGUAAUUGGGUCUGAAUACUUUCCGAAUGCACCGUAUACCCGCAAUGUAUCUGCGAGCUGUGCCAAUACCAGAGUGGGAACAUUCGCUACAUAAAGAAUUUAACCGCAAAAGGUAUUUUUAUGUCCACUAUGUCAUCACCCCACAGCCUUUUAUCCGGAAAAAAAAAAAAAAAAGUAUAUUUAAUGGAAACACAUCUCUGGUGGGAAAAUGCACAUAUUGUUUUUAUGCAGAUUUUUGAAUAUUCGCAUGAAAAUCUGUCACCAAUUGGAUGGAAAUUCUAGCUAGUGACAACAUUAUUGAACCCCACUAGUAACAGUGACAACAUUAUUGAACCCCACUAGUAACACUGACAACAUUAUUGAACCCCACUAGUAACAGUGAUAACAUUAUUGAACCCCACUAGUAACACUGACAACAUUAUUGAACCCCACUAGUACACUGACACAUUAUUGAACCCCACUAGUAACACUGACAACAUUAUUGAACCCCACUAGUAACACUGACACAUUAUUGAACCCCACUAGUAACAGUGACAACAUUAUUGAACCCCACUAGUAACAGUGACAACGUUAUUGAACCCCACUAGUAGUACAACAUAUGAACCCCACUAGUAACAUACAACCUUAUUGCACCCCACUAGUACAGUGACAACAUUAUUGAAAACCCCAUAAGUAACACUGACAACAUUAUUGAACCCCCUAGUAACACUGACAACAUAUUGAAACCCCCCCACUAGUAACAGUGAUAACAUUAUGAACCCCACUAGUAACAGUGACAACGUUAUUGAACCCACUAGUAACAGUUCGCCACCGUUAUUGAACCCCACUGUAACAGUGACAACAUUAUUGAACCCCACUAGUAACAGUGCCAACAUUAUUGAACCCACUAGUACGUGACAACAUUAUUGAACCCCACUAGUACAGUGACAACAUUAUGACCCCACUAGUACAGUGACAUUCUUUCUCAUCAUAAGGUCAUAGUACUGUUGAACAUCAUAGAAAAUAACAUUGGUUCAUUUCUGGAACGUCAUCUAGCCCUGUUCACUAUAAAUGGGUCCAGUCAACUAGUAGUGUGUUGCACAUUAGGGACUGGUUUCCCGGACCCAGAUUAAACCUAGUCCUGGACUAAAAAUAACUUUCCACACUGAGCUUUUUAGUCCAAGGCUCAAUCUAGAUCCACGAAACCAACUACAUUUGAGAUAUUACAAAAACACAUUCACUCAGCCAAAUGACAGUUCUGAAAUUUAUAAUUUUAACAUUAUUUUCCUUGCCCAGAUCAACGCUAAUGAUGACAGAGGUGUCCUGUUGGGGCGGUGGGAUGGUCAAUACAAUGGUGGCGUGUCCCCCACUCACUGGAACGGCAGUGUGGAGGUACUAAGGAGGUGGCUCAACAAUGGAGGCAAUCCAGUCAAGUAUGGCCAGUGUUGGGUGUUCGCCGCUGUAAUGUGCACAGGUAGCCUAUCACUGUCCAAUCGCUCUUCAAUUCUUAUUUUAGUCAAUCAAUCAAUACAACAGUAUUUAAAUAGCGCUGACUGUACUGCAAGCGCUCAGACCCAGGGUUGUGAUUGGUUUUGAGAGGGAUGGCAAGAAUACCCACCAUCUGUGUCCGAUUCACCUCUGACCAUAGGAGAGAGGCUGGGUGUCAAUGCCUUGGAUGUCUUUAUUUAGUUAACCACUAUGCCUUCUAUGUGUUGUUUUUGUUAACCAGUAUGCCUGAAAUGUAUUUCCAUGUCAGUACUGAGGUGUUUGGGAAUCCCAUGUCGAGUGGUUACCAACUUCCAGUCAGCCCACGACACCGACAAAAACCUGACAAUUGACGACUUCUUCUCCGACAAUGGAGUCAGACCCAAACAGAGCCAAGACAGUGUAUGGUAAAUGCAACAUCAGGUCAUUGUGGCUACAGUAUGAAGAGUGAUGCCAAUAGCAUGAUGUUUUAAAGACUGGUGUUUCUGCUCAGGAACUACCAUGUGUGGGUGGAGGCCUGGAUGAGACGGCCCGAUCUCUCAGGAGACUCCUUAUAUGACGGCUGGCAGGCUGUGGACCCUACCCCUCAGGAGAAAAGCACUGGUAUGGUCUAACUUCCAUCUCAUCCACUAACAUACAUAAUAACACACUUCUGGAGUAUGUAUGUAUGUUGUGUUAUUGUGCAGAUGGUGCUGAGUUUGUGUCCUGGGUCUGGGAGACAUGAAGGGAACUCCCUGUUAUACACUCAUGUUGUUUUCCCUUCCUCUCCCCCAGGUGUUUACUGCUGCGGCCCUGCUCCAGUCAAGGCCAUACUGCAGGGUCACAUUGACCUCAAAUACGAUGUGCCCUUUGUCUUCGCCGAAGUCAACGCCGACCGUGUAACCUGGAUGGUGUUCGCUGACGGCUCCAAGAAAAAGAUCUUAACGGACACUGGGUCCGUAGGCCAGAACAUCAGCACAAAGGCAGUGGGCAGCGACAAGAGAGUGGACAUCACGGCCAACUAUAAAUAUGCAGAGGGUUGGUAUUGAAUGAACUGAGAGAGUCUGACUAUAUCUACAAAGGUUGACUUGUCAGAUGUUUUCUUUAAAAAACGUCCUGGAGGUUAAAUGUCAAAAGUCAGCCACUAGCUUUUUAGGACCAGUUCUGUAUGGAGUAACGCUAAGGCUGUCCAAUCUCCACCCUUUUAUACAUUUUGGCUGUUGAACUGUUAUCAAUUGAUUUCCGAAAUAAUGCAGCGUUACAAGGGUUAUGCCUAUCAUAAGGGUAGAAGCGUAUUUUAUGUCUUUGAGAGCUAGGGUUGGUCUGGGAAAUAGUUCUGUACUUUUUUAAGAGAUGAGUUAGAAAGGGGCUGUGUCCACCUGUCGCAAGACAUAAUUCUCCUAGGUGAGUGAGGGCAACUGCUUGAGUCACCAGCUACUCAUCCAAAAUGUCACCCAUUUAAAACAGGCACGAAAAAGGAGAGGACUGUGUACAAUAACGCAGCGAACAGAGUCAACAAUCUCGAAGACAAAGAGAAUUCAAACGGGAUCCUUGACCGCAAACCUUCUGAUGUUUCCAUGAAAAUCGUGGAGCUGACCAAGCCGCUCAGCGGCAAAGACAUCGACCUCAAGCUUGUACUGAACAGCGACGACCGUGAGACUCGGACACUAGUGAUCCAUGUCAACGUUCAGGCCAUGAGAUACACCGGCAUUCCAUCCUCCAAGAUACAGACCGAAUUGAAAGAACAGAAGCUCCGUCCCAACCAAGGUAGAGUGAAAAUGUUUCAAACUCUUUCCAUGAGUAGGCCUACAAGGCUGAACUAACAAAGGGGGGCAUUUACAUCACAGAACAAAGAGAACUGAAACACUUCUCAAAACCAAGAACACAUUGCAGCUAUUUACUUUCAUAAUUCUUUGUCAACAUCCUUGGUUUGACGCAUGCAUCAAUCUCAAUGAUUGAUUAUGUCACAAAGGUGGUGUAUUUCAGGAGUGCAUAUAGAUAGCAUUUACAGUUGAAGUCGGAAGUUUGCAUACACCUUAGCCAAAUACAUUUAAACUCAGUUUUUCACAAUUCCUGACAUUUAAUCCUAGUAAAAAUUCCCUGUCUUAGGUCAGUUAGGAUCACCACUUUAUUUCAAGAAUGUGAAAUGUCAGAAUAAUAGUAGAGAGAAUUAUUUAUUUCAGCUUUUAUUUCUUUCAUCACAUUCCCAGUGGGUCAGAAGUUUACAUACACUCAAUUAGUAUUUGGUAGCAUUGCCUUUAAAUUGCUUAACUUGGGUCAAACAUUUCGGGUAGUCUUCCACAAGCUUCCCACAAUAAGUUGGGUGAAUUUUGUCCCAUUCCUGCUGACAGAGCUGGUGUAACUGAGUCAGGUUUGUAGGCCUCCUUGCUCGCACACGCUUUUUCAGUUCUGCCCACAAAUGUUCUAUAGGAUUGAGGUCAGGGCUUUGUGAUGGCCACUCCAAUACCUUGACUUUGUUGUCCUUAAGCCAUUUUGCCACAACUUUGGAAGUAUGCUUGGGGUCAUUGUCCAUUUGGAAGACCCAUUUGCGACCAAGCUUUAACUUCCUGACUGAUGUAUUGAGAUAUUGCUUCAAUAUAUUCACAUCAUUUUCCUUCCUCAUGAUGCCAUCUAUUUUGUGAAGUGCACCAGUCCCUCCUGCAGCAAAGCACCCCCACAGCAUGAUGCUGCCACCCCCGUGCUUCACGGUUGGGAUGGUGUUCUUCGGCUUGCAAGUGUCCCCCUUUUUCCUCCAAACAUAACGAUGGUCAUUAUGGCCAAACCGUUCUAUUUUUGUUUAAUCAGACCAGAGGACAUUUCUCCAAAAAGUAUGAUCUUUGUCCCCAUGUGCAGUUGCAAACCGUAGUCUGGCUUUUUUAUGGCGGUUUUGGAGCAGUGGCUUCUUCCUUGCUGAGCGGCCUUUCAGGUUAUGUCGAUAUAGGACUCGUUUUACUGUGGAUAUAGAUACUUUUGUACCUGUUUCCUCCAGCAUCUUCACAAGGUCCUUUGCUGUUGUUCUGGGAUUGAUUUGCACUUUUCGCACCAAAGUAUGUUCAUCUCUAGGAGACAGAACUCGUCUCCUUCCUGAGCGGUAUGAUGGCUGCGUGGUCCCAUGGUGUUUAUACUUGUGUACUAUUGUUUGUAAAGAUGAACGUGGUACCUUCAGGCGUUUGGAAAUUGUUCCCAAGGAUGAACCAGACUUUUGGAGGUCUACAAUUGUUUUUCUGAGGUCUUGGCUGAUUUCUUUUGAUUUUCCCAUGAUGUCAAGCAAAGAGGCACUGAGUUUGAAGGUAGGCCUUGAAAUACAUCCACAGGUACACCUCCAAUUGACUCAAAUUAUGUCAAUUAGCCUAUCAGAAGCUUCUAAAGCCAUGACAUCAUUUUCUGGAAUUUUCCAAGCUGUUUAAAGGCACAGUCAACUGAGUGUAUGUAAACUUCUGACCCAAUGGAAUUGUGAUACCGUGAAUUAUAAGUGAAAUAAUCUGUCUGUAAACAAUUGUUGGAAAGAUUAACUUGUGUCAUACACAAAGUAGAUGUCCUAACUGACUUGCUAAAACUAUCGUUUGUUAACAAGAAAUUUGUGGAGUGGUUGAAAAACGAGUUUUAAUGACUCCAACCUAAGUGUAUGUAAACUUCCGACUUCAACUGUAACUGGUAAAUUUAACAAAGCUGUAAAGUCUCAUGUAUAGCUGUGUAGCAAAUCAACUGACACUAACUCUUAUGGCUGUCAGGUUGCUAACGUUGUACUGAGGACCUACAGAAUGUUAGGGUUCUAACGUUGUACUGAGGACACUACAGAAUGUUAGGGUUGCUAACGUUGUACUGAGGACACUACAGAAUGUUAGGGUUGCUAACGUUGUACUGAGGACCACAGAAUGUUUGGGUUGCUAACGUUGUACUGAGGACACCACAGAAUGUUAGGGUUGCUAACGUUGUACUGAGGACACCACAGAAUGUUUGGGUUGCUAACGUUGUACUGAGGACACCACAGAAUGUUCGCCUUUGUGAUACAUUGACAAUCAAAUGCAUUGUCUGUGUUGGCAGAUCUGAUUAUACCCAUCCACAUCCCCUUCUCUGUGUACGGUGAGAACAUGCGGGAGAGCAACAGCAUCAAGGUUUCGGCUGUGGUCACAGACAAGGACAACAGUGAUGCAGUGUACAUCACAGAGAAAGACAUUGUGCCAGAGAGCCCUUCACUCACCAUCAAAGUGAGUACUGUAUAUUCCCCAAAUUGUAAUUUCGCGCAUCUGUCAGAUCCUUAAGCCACUCCAAUAACCCACUUAGAACAGCUCAACUUUCUCUGAGUGACAUUCAUUGGGGUCAUUAUGGAACAAGCCCCAAGGCUCUUUACGUUACCAUUUCAAAUUUGUAGGUGGCAAACAUACUAGUAGCGAGAAUAGCAAUUUGCAAGGAAAAUAACGGUUGGCCUGUGAAUAAAGGUGAUGUGAAGAUGAAAAUCUAAAGUGUUGGACUGUCAUCUGAACAAUUGAUCUAUUCAAUACAAUGCCAAUAUCAGUAACAACCACUCAACUGGAGAUGGGGUUUAUUCAGUGUGAUAGUUCUAAUAUAAUAUACUAUCUAGCAGAUGCUUUUAUUCUGAUGUUUCUUCUCUUUUAGGCCAUUGGAUCUGAAUUGCAGUUAUAGUGACAUGAUGGCAGAGGUUGUGUUUGAGAACCCUCUAUCCAAGGGUCUAAGAGACUGCUCCAUCACAGUGACUGGCAGUGGCUUGCUGACAGAGACAAUGGAAGCCAGGUAGGCCUAUGUGACAUUUCUCUGCCGUCUUUACGAGCAAGGUUUCGGUUUGUCAUAAAACCUGAAUCCAUCCCACUGGGCAAAAACUGGUUGAAUCAACGUUGUUUCCAUGUAACUUCAACCAAAACAAUCAAUGUGAUGACGUUGAAUCAACAUGGAAAACUGAUUGGAUUUGCAAAAAGUAAACUUUUUAACCUUUUUGUUGAUUUCAAGUUGAAUUCACGUUAGUUGACAACUCAACCAAAUGUACACUACCGUUCAAAAGUUUAGGGUCACUUAGAAAUGUUAUUGUUUUCGAAAGAAAAGCAAUUUUUUGUCCAUGAAAAUAACAUCAAAUUGAUCAGAAAUACAGUGUAGACAUUGUUAAUGUUGUAAAUGGCUAUUGUAGCUGGAAAUGGCUGAUUUUUAAUGGAAUAUCUACAUAGGCGUACAGAGGCCCAUUAUCAGCAACAAUCAGUCCUGUGUUCCAAUGGCAUGUUGUGUUUGCUAAUUCAAGUUUAUCAUUUUAAAAGGCUAAUUGAUCAUUAGAAAACCCUUUUGCAAUUAUGUUAGCACAGCUGAAAACUGUUGUGCUGAUUAAAGAAGCAAUAAAACUGGCCUUCUUGAGACUAGUUGAGUAUCUGGAGCAUCAGCAAUUGUGCGUUCGAUUACAGGCUCAAAAUGGCCAGAAACAAAGAACUUUCUUCUGAAACUCAUCAGUCUAUUCUUGUUCUGAGAAAUGAAGGCUAUUCCAUGCGAGAAAUUGCCAAGAAACUGAAGAUCUUGUACAACGCUGUGUACUACUCCCUUCACAGAACAGCGCAAAGAAAAAGCCAUAUCUCAGACUGCCCAUCUUAAUCUUUUAUUAUUAUUAUCUGAGAUAUGGCUUUUUCUUUGCAACUCUGCCUAGAAGGUCAGUAUCCCGGAGUCGCCUCUUCACUGUUGACGUUGAGACUGGUGUUUUGCGGGUACUAUUUAAUGAAGCUGCCAGUUGAGGACCUGUGAGGCGCCUGUUUCUUAAACUAGACACUCUAAUGUAUUUGUCCUCUUGCUCAGUUGUGCACCGGUUUGCACUGUUCUGUGAAGGGAGUAGUACACAGCGUUGUACGAGAUCUUCAGUUUCUUGGCAAUUUCUCGCAUCGAAUAGCCUUCAUUUCUCAGAACAAGAAUAGACUGACGAGUUUCAGAAGAAAGUUCAUUUUGAGCCUGUAAUCGAACCCACAAUUGCUGAUGCUCCAGAUACUCAACUAGUCUCAAGAAGGCCAGUUUUAUUGCUUCUUUAAUCAGCACAACAGUUUUCAGCUGUGCUAACAUAAUUGCAAAAGGGUUUUCUAAUGAUCAAUUAGCCUUUUAAAAUGAUAAACUUGGAUUAGCAAACACAACGUGCCAUUGGAACACAGGACUGAUGGUUGCUGAUAAUGGGCCUCUGUACGCCUAUGUAGAUAUUCCAUAAAAAAUCUGCCGUUUUCAGCUACAUGAGCCAUUUACAACAUUAACAAUGUCUACACUGUAUUUCUAAUCAAUUUGAUGUUAUUUUAAUGGACAAAAAAAAAGCUUUUCUUUCUAAAACAAGGACAUUUCUAAGUGACCCCAAACUUUUGAACGGUAGUGUAAAUCAGAACUAGACGUUGAACUGACGUCUGUGCCCAGUGAGAUGUGUCCAGACUUGAAUCCUGGAUGUGGAUGGGGACCUAUGUGGAACCAGUUUUUGCCCAGUGGGAUGGAUUCAGGUUUUAUGACAAACCGAAACCUUGCUCGUAAAGAUGGCAAUUUAGCUCUUAAUCUCGGAAACCCAGAACAAAAAUUAUUCCGGUAAUUGUGUCAGAUGCUUGAUUAGGUUCUGAUGGAAGACUAGUGAAGUCACCACCCCCCUAAACAGAAACUCUCAGACCCCCUUCUGAAAACUUUCUGCUUGAAAUCCCCGCCCUAAAUAAUUUCUUGAAAUCCCCGCCCACACUUUCAGUACCACCUUCACCCAAUCCUGAUAUGUUCAGAUAUCUAGUGAGAAAACCAAAGCACCGGAACUAUGGUUCCUUUUUAGUUGUGGCAUCACAGUCUUUUGACAGAUGAUUCAAUACAAUUUAUGUUACGUAGUCUGUCCACGAGAGAUAAUUUAGCUCUUGGCUAAACUAGAAAGGACAUGCAUUUAUGGGCUGUUCAUGUGGUUAAAGCUGAGUUUUUCCAUCUGAAAUAUUUUACACUACCUUGUGUGUUGAAGUUUAGAGAUCUAAAGAUGCUUUGAGGUAUAAUUUAUUUCAUGUGUCUCCUCAGAAUUCCUUUCCUAAAACAAGGGCAACGGCUGCGUGUGAAGAUGCCCUUUACUCCAUACAGACCCGGUCCUAAGAAGCUAGUGGCCAACUUCAACUGUGACCAAUUCAGGAACAUUAAGGCAAGCUGCAAUGUGGACAUCCUACCUGUCACCAGUGCUGUCCCCCCACUGCCGUAG